GCUGCAAUUUCGGAAUCUGCCCUUGUAUAUGGCGGACGAAAUUUCCACAGGAGGAACCGCAACACAAACCCCCCCCGUGCGAGGCAGAAACGGAGAGCUUGCACGGACUGAAGUAAACCUCGGCAAAUUCAUGAUUCAUUACGCCAUUACUCUUUUCUAAAAUGUAACGUAGCGUGUCGCGGAGGAAGAGCAAAAAACCCGCUGUGGUGAAAAUUUGCAACAUUUGGAAUUUCUCAUAACUAAUUCACAAUUUUUUUUUGAGGAAGCAGUUGUGCAGUCACCUCUGGUCGGGGAGGGAAGAUUUCUGGAGCGGGAGCCUGUUUCGCAUGAGCUGCAUCGUUUUUGGAGAAGCACAGGCUCAGAGGAGGUGGAGUCAUGAGUGUACAAGAAGCACCCAAUCCUGUGAAGGAGCAGGCGGACGGUGGGAGCACAGCAACAGACGGCACCUCACCAACUUUAACCCCAAAGACCAAGAGUACAACUCCACCACCCAUCACAGUAAAGAAAGAGCCCGGGACAUCCGAGACGAGUAACGGGAAAGUGGGAGAUCCCAACCCUGCUGAGAUCUGUGUUGUCAUUGGAGGAGCUGAUGGCGGAUCAAGUGGAGGCGGAUCCCGUAGAGCUCAGACCGAGGGUAUGUUUGCCCUUGGUACUCCUCCUCCAACGAAGAGCACAGACUCAUGCAUAGGUUCCUACGUAUGUGGCGUCUGUGGGAAGAAGUACAAGUAUUAUAACUGCUUUCAGACGCACGUCAGGGCACACAGAGAAUCAGAUAGUAUGGUUGCGGAUGGUCUACCCCAGGCACCCAACAUCUUGUCUCCUCACUGUAGCCGCCUCCCCAUAGGUGACAUCCUAAUACCAGAUAGCUUCCGUUACUCCUGUGACAUCUGUGGCAAGAAGUAUAAAUACUACAGCUGCUUCCAGGAGCAUCGUGACCUGCAUGCAGUUGAUGAUCCAUAUGAGCAGGUAGUGUUACCUGUGGAUGGCCUUAAAGAGGAGGAGCCAAUUGAACCCUAUCAGAAAAUUGGACCAAGGGAAAAAGCACUCGCCCACCUCCGCAGAGACCGCGGGUUCAACCGACGUCAGCGGGUGUCCCUUCAAACACAAUUGGCAGUGUUCGCAGAAACUGGGAGCUAUGUUUGUGAGUUCUGCGGGAAGCAGUACAAGUAUUUCAACCCAUAUCAGGAGCAUGUUGCUCUCCACACACCAAUGGGCUCCUUCGAUUUGAAGACAUCACGGAUACAGGAAUGUGGUAGCAUGGAUAUGACUAAAUUUGGCCACAGCCAAGCUGGUAAGAUAAAAAACAGUCCAUUCAGGCGGAAACUGGAAAGUGCAAUUCAGUCUAGUCUGGUUGACACAAACAGCUCGCAGAAUUCGAGCGGAACUCCGAGCCCUCUGGUGGCCAGCACCUUCUCUGCAACCCAGAAACCCUACACUUGUGGUGCCUGUGGCAUCCAGUUCCAGUUCUACAACAACCUGCUGGAGCACAUGCAGUCCCACGCUGCGGACAAUGAGAACCACACCAAAGGGGACUCUCCCAAAACCUCCUCAGCCUCCGGUCCUCAAGAGCCGCUGUGGAGAGGCUCUCAGGCUCAGGCCCAUUCCUCAGUUAAACUACAAAUCCAGCCUCAAAGUAUCUCCCAGAGAAACCACACACUCAGCCAGAAUAAUGGACUACCUGAGAAGGAACGACAGCAGGUGGCUGAGCGCCUCUUACGGGUAAUGUGCUCAGAUCUGAGCAUGCUUAACGUGCUCAACAGCAAGGACUUCCUGAAGUUGGCACAGACCCUGGUGGAUACAGGUGCUCGUCAUGGUGCCUACUCCACCCGUGAUGCUUUUGGCAACAUGAGUGCCUUGGCACUGCGCCAGCUGCCCCGCAUGUACAACCAAGUCAAAGUCAAAGUCACGUGUGCUCUCGGCUCCAAUGCUUCUCUUGGCAUCGCUGUCACCUGCCACUCCCAGACAUCAGGCCCAGACGCUUGCUAUGUUCUCACAGCCUACCAGGUAGAGGGUUCAAGACUGAAGCGCUAUGUGCUUGGCGUGAGGGAGGCCGAGCUGAGGGAGGGGCCCGAACAGGUUCACCACUGGGUGCAGAAUGUGCUGUCUGAGUUUGUGAUGUCAGACAUUCGCACCGUGUAUGUCUCAGAGCCCAGAGUGUGGGCAGCGGGAUUUGCGGGAUCACCACUUGGUGGCGGCGGCCGGAGCCGGAUAUGCUUGCGAUGCGCGGGGUGUUCACUCGGUGCAGUUGUCCAGGCUGUUCUCGGGAAGCGCAGCCUCCAGGCUCGAGGCCUUCACGAGUUGGCCGAACUUCUCUCAUCGUGCCGAGACAUCGCCUCCUCCACCACUCUGUCCCUUCGUGAGGAACAGUGCACCAACACAUCCACAAGCACAACUGAGGAAGGUACACAAGGCAGCCCUGCACAGUGCCCUACCCCUCCUUGCUGGGAUCGUACAGCCGAAGCUCUUCUGCAGGUCCAUGCCCACUUUGAACAGAUUUGUGAGGCUUACGGACGCAGUAAGACCACAGCUCCGCUUCUCCAAGGUCUUAACAAGCAUCUGCUCGGCACGCUUGCUUGUCUGCUGGCACCUCUGCGUCUAGCAGCUCUGGAGCUGAGCAGCCAGAGAAGGCCAACCUUACAGCAGGUGCUGCCAGUCUACCUGCGCUUGGAGAAGUUUUUCACAUCCAAAGCUGGAGAGGCAGGGACUGGCACAGCUAGCAAACUCUGCCACUACUUUCUAGAAGCACUGAAGGAGAACUUCAAGGUUGAACGAGCCCACCAGGUAGCCAUGGUCUUGGACCCACAGCUCAAGCUGCGUUCAGUGCCGGCCUACCAGCAUGAAGACAUAAUCUCUCGUGCAUGCGAAAUGGCUGCUGAAACCAGGGAUGGAGGUAUGAGUGGUGGUGGAGGGUCAGGUGGUGAAGAGCGAGACACUGAAGGCCCGCCAACUCCUAAAAUAAGCCGCAUAGAGGGCGGGGGAAACAACGGUGGCACCUCACGGGGGAGCUCGUCAUGCACGGUGUCUGGUAACGAUGAGAAUCACAGUCAUGUUAGACAAGAGAUUUUUCAAUACCUGGCAGAACCUCUUCUCCAAGGCACGCCUGACCUCUUCCAGUACUGGAGCUCAGCAGUGAAUGAGAAGUUCCCCAGGCUCGCUCGCCUGGCGAUGUGGCUCCUUGCUGUGCCCGCUGUGGGCAUACGCAAUGAGUGCGUGACUGUGUGCGAGCAGAGCCUGGCUAUGAAGAGGAGGCAGCAGGUAACUGCUGAGGAGAUGAACAAACUAAUUUUUCUUCGCUCCAACAUGGGCUAGGAGAGAAACUCAACCAACCCUAAUCAACCAAACCUUCACCUCCAACCAAUGACUGAAGACUAUUAUUUAUAUACUGUAGGUUUAGACCAACUUAAAUGUGUUAAGUACUUCUCAAGACAGAUAUUUACAGGAAACUCACAUUGUAUAGGUUACAAACACCCAUAAAACAAUACGGCUUAUUACAUAUUUUAUAUGGAGAAAGGACUGUUGUAAAGUACUGCGGACAAAAUGUAGGGGUGGAACGGUAACUCUCAAAAGAUUGUCCUGUUUGGUACGCCAUCCUCGGUUUGGGAUGCACAUGUAAGCAGGAUCAGUCUUAUCAUGGCCAGUGAUUUGAAUUACUCCAGCCUAAUGACUGCUACAGGCUAUAAUGCUGUUAUUCUCACUGGAUGGCAACAUUUUCAGGUAAAGUCAGCUUUCACUGCUUGAAGCUACUGUCAUAGACCUCUGAAAACACACAGCAGUAUGUACUGUAGCAUUUACAGUAUGAGAAAGAUUACUUUCAUUGGUGUAUGACAACAAAUUCAAGAGGUGAAUCUUCACUGCCAUUGCACCUCUGACACUUAAGUGUACCAGGUUUAUGAUUUAUUUUCACUGAGAAUUAUAUUUUUUAAACAUACUCAGCCACGAUAAACAGUCAGGUAUCAGAGCUAAAUCAUCGCAGCUCAUUUAACGGUUGCUUCUGUGACCUAAAAAUUUAGCUGCUGAUCAUUUGCAUGCACCACACUGCAUGCAUAUUUCAUUCAAAAGGGUAAAAAACAGCUGAUAAAACAUUAAUAUGAUGCUUUCCAGUUUUGUUUAUGUUACAAAUUGCAAAGAAAAAUCAUCCAAUAGUUUGUUUUCUCUCUAAAAUUAAAUCAAGAGGUCUUAUGCUGCUAGAUAUGCAAGUCAAACUGUUAGAUUUGCACAGAGGGGCCAAUAUCCUGAAGUUAAUAAAAUCAAGCUUUUGGUUGAGUUUUCUUUGCAUGCACAAAGAGGACAGCAUCAUAUUAGAACAUGUCUAUUAGCAGCUUUUACACCGAUUUUAUUCAGCCUUACCAUAGCUGGAUUGCACCAACAGGGACUUAAAUAGCAUAUUGGUUAUAUUAUCAUUUAAUACAUAAUGGAACAACCCAGCUUUUAUGUCAGUAAAUACACAAUAAUGACAUCUAGAGGCCAUUUUGUCUGGCCUGAUAGUUUCCAGAUACUUCAGGAAUGUCACAUCAGUCAGCUCUGUAAAAACAGACAUCAAUACACUUCUUUAUACUGGAGACAUUUUGCCUGUGCAUUGCCCUCAGAUAAACAGCAGUAAUGUUAUUAGCCAUCAGUUUGGUAAGCUUGUAGGCAAGGAUUAAUUCAUAACUGUGUAAAUCCUUGUGUAGUUGCCCACUGUGCAUAUGUUUGUGUAUUUGUUUUUAAGCUUAAUUAGACUUGUCCAUAGGAAAGCUAUCAUUUAUGUUAUUUAUUCUUCUUUCCUCAUUUAUCAUUUUAAUGUAAACAUUGUCUUCCUUAUGCGAGAUACACAUUUCCAUUUUUAAAGCAAUAAGCUUUAUCAUAGGGCAUCGUUUCUAACUCUAUCUCCUCAAAAUGACUGUUCUCAUGACGCUCUUACAGUUAAUUAUUAAUGGUAAAUUAUUUUCUUUGUGAAAUCAACUCUCAGGAAUGAGUGCACCCAAGCAGGCACCGCCACUUUUUCCUCACUGUACCGAAAACACACCAAACUGUGACCUCAAUGCCGAGGUAUGUACUGAACCGUGACUUUUGUGAAACGUUCCACCCCAAAUACAGUUAGUGCCAUUUGCAACAAACGAAAAAUGGAUCACUGAGGGUUUAUUUUUUUCCAGGACGAAGCAAUUUCUGCCAGUACAUUAGAAUCAACAAAUGCAUCCUAAUGAAGUCAAGUUAUUUAUUUUUUUAUGGAUUCUAGUAUACAUCUACACCUGCUAAUACCUCCUAAAAUGACUAGGAUGAAUGGAAGUUAUACUAUCAAUUUGUUUGUUGCCUUUGGUACUAAUUAGUCAAGUACUAGUUUGUCAUCUCUGUUUUGGGCCUUAAGUCUCUUUCAUGCGGUCAGAUUAAAGGUAUAGUUCAGAUUUUUUGAAGUUGGGUUGCACGGUGUACUUAAGUGUAAUAUAUUACCUGGUAUAUUACAUACAGUAGAUGUUAGUCAACACGCUCAGUUUGGAGAACCAGGCAGGAGAACCACCAAGGCAACUUGGCAAUGUAACUUUGUGGACAGGGCCAGCAUCAAAACGUAUUUUAGUGACUUAAAAAAAGGCCCACCUAAACAAAUUCAAUAUCAUUUGAAAGCAACAUUAUGCAACUUUUAGUUGCAUGUUGAGUCUCAUUCUCAAGACAUCAAAUACUGAUAUUUUGUGUUGAUGCUUCAGUUCGACCAUCAACCAAAUGUGUCUAAGUCUCAUUCCCAGGUUGUCAAAUACAAUCAACAAAAGUUGCCUAAUGUUGCUUUAAGUGUAAGCUAUGUGAAGAAUGAUUGACUGCUUUACCCAGUUAUCAGACAGCCCCUUCCUUUGGCACUACAUUUUUUCAAUUGUAAAACUUAUUAAAAAAACCAGUAUUCCUAUGUAUUCCACCAGCAGUACAUUGUUUAGCCUUUGUUUUGGUACUCCUGCAUGCUUCUCCAAACUGGGGGUGAGCUCACUGCCAUCUACUAUAGGUAAUGCACUGACUUUAGAUAAGUACCUCAUACAACCCCACUUAAAAAAAACUCCAAACUAUCCCUUUAUAUUCUACAGCCAGAGCCAAUGUCAUGCCUUUUUAUUGCUGUUCAAUGGCCUUCUUUUCACCAUCUUUUCUAAAUCCUGUAAUUAUUUUUCUUUUUCACUCCUGUAGACCAACUGGGACCUCUGGCUGAUAAGUGCCCUCUAGUGGUCAAAUUUGGACUUAAAAAAAUCAUAGGCAACUGUGGUAUUUGACAAGUGCUUUAUUCCAAAGUUCAGGUCAUCUCUUGGUUUUGUUUAUAAAACAGGUCAGGAAUUAUUUCAACAAUAACACAGCCAAGCACAAGUAUCCACUGUAUAAACCUAUACUCAGUAGGUCAGUUGUACCAGAGCAGGAAUAUAUAUCAAUACUGAUAUUGUAGUAUAAUACUCUCGUUUGGAUUUUGUUUUUUUUUUUAAAUAUUUGUUGUGCAGCGUAAAUAUUUAAUCUAAAAGGGUUCGGUACAGUCAAAUGGUUUGAUGAUAUAUAUAUAUAUAUAUAUUUGAUAUAUAUAUCAAGCAUUAACAAUCAUAAUUGAAGAUAUCAACUGUAAAAAAACAUUUUGGUGUCUGUUUUCUUCCCAGGUUUAGGCCUGAGUACUAGUUAAAGGUCCAGUGUGAAGGAUUUAUGGGCAUCUAUUAGAAGAAAAGCUAUAUUAUAUGCAGAACUAUGUUUUCAAAAGUUUGUUUUUUUUUUCAUUACCAUUACAGAAUGAGCUAAUUAUAUCCUCUAUGGAGUUUGCAGUGUUUUUUCUACAGUAGCCCAGAACGGACAACCAAACACUAUGUUUACAUGCACAGCUAAGUCACACUACGUCUAGUGCUCGAGUAGGCCAUUUCAUUGGACUACUGUCCUUGUCCCAGUAUAGAGUCACUGGGGGAGAAAUAAUUUAUUGACAGAAGUAUGCGAUAUGCUCCCUGUCCGCUAGUAGCUGAUGGACCUAUUUCAGGUUGACCUUUUAUGCCACAUACCUUACAAGUUAGCAAGUGGCAAACGGGUUGCAUGUUGAACGGUGACAACAUGGAUAAGUUUUCGGCGGCGCAUAUUUCAUACGAGCUCUGCGCUUUACUUGGUACCUUUGUUUGUUUUCUUCCUUUCUUUUUCUUCUUUUGUUUUUCCCAGCUUACAUCUGCAAAUUUAGACUGUUACUCAGUUCAGGUCCCAUUGAGACACUGAGAAAUUAGACUUGGUAUGAUUCUAGUUGGACUAACAUGUUUACAUGUAUUUUAAUAGUCCAGUUAUAGUCAGACUAACAAAAUAUUUGAACUUUUUCUAACAUCAUCCAAACUGAUUGACUGGCUCUAAAAUGUGUUUAAGUAAUUCGUGUUUUCUUGUCAGCCAUUAUAGUUCUUUAACAUGCUUAGUACUUGGAAGAAGUUUCACUUCUGCAACCUCACAACUAGAGGCUACUAAAUCCCACAUACUGGAUCUUUAAGAUGCCCUCACAUUACUCUUCUGGUGAACAAAUAAUUGCUCAGUUUCCCAUUCAUUUUUGUUGAAUUGGACACAUUCAGGCAUCCAUUCCCUGUUUUUCUGUGACCUCCAUGGAUCAGAGUUCAUCUUUGUUAAACUUUGACCUUUACGGUUGCCCAGUAGGAACUCUGAUUAUCUGUACUCAUACAGUCAAUAUUAAACCCCUGCCUUUUGGCACAAACUAGCUUAGAGACCAACAGUCAGUGAUCACACUGACAAACUUUAUUUAUGACCCAGGUCGGAAUUGUGACAUUGUAUCCUUUUUCGAGGCUGAGAGCAGGGCGAUUUUGUUAAAUGUGACUUGUCCUUUAUGUCGUGAAGGACACAGGAUGUUGAAAGAAGGAAGUCAGUACACUGCACAUGGAAAAUUACAGGGCAUUUAAGUGAAUGGUCAAAAGUGUAAAGCCAAGGUCCAGCUAAAAGUACAAAUCUUAGUCCACCUGAGUGUUGUUUUUUAGUUACAUGUUUCAUUUUGUCAACUUUUAAAGACUUUAAAUGUUGAAAUGGUAAAAUUAUGUCUGUCAAUCAGAGGUGACUGGCACUACAUCACAAACUGCAUCAUAUGGUUUUUACGACUGAUGCCCUCCUUACCUCCAUUAACAGCUUUGAUGUAGUGUUUCAUAAAAAGUAACUUAAACACCAGGGUGUGAAGCAUUGUUUUGCUGCCCUCUUGUUGAAGGUUUCCAGCCUGUUUCACCAUCAGUGAUGGAUGUGGUCACAAAUGUGCUCUUUUGCACCUCUAACCACACCUUACAGUGAUAUUGUGGGGUCCUGAAGUACAUCUGUACAUCACUGUGUGCAACCACUGGAGGUCAGCAAAGACAACAUUUUCAGGAGGUGGAGAGUUACUCUAAAAAAAAGACUUUUUCCUCUACAACAAGGUUCUGCAAUGUAAUUACUGUCAUUCACAUUUUAACACACUUUAUCUAUUUUUCCUCUGUAAAGUUUGGGGAGAGAGAGAGAGACUUGAUUCAGUGUAACCAUUCAUUAUUUCAUUAUGAUAAUCAACAUGUAUACUGCUGUUUGCGAACUGAUUCAUGUCACACACUUAUAUUUUGGUAAAUGCUGUAAAUUAUAUGUCAAAAUUAAUUUUCUAAGUACCAAUCCAAUGUUUUACCUCAGUACUCAGAAGGUAAUGUUGUAAUUUAAAGGCUGAAAAUCAGAUACAAAAUUAAGCUUUCUUCUAAGAUGUAGUCAAAAUACUGUACAUUGAUUUGCAGUUUUAGCAGCGAUCCUCAAUUGAACUGAUGAAGGGAUUUUUCUUACCAUUUUUAAAUAAGUAUUUUAAAUAGGAUAUGCUCUGGGACAAAAUGCCAUUGUUGACGUAAUGAUGUCAACAUAAUUUUACUUAGAAAUAGCGUUCUUUUUGUUGAUUAAAUGAGAAUUAUAUCUAAGAUAUGCAUGCUUUUAAUAAGAUAUAUACAGUUAGAGCCAACAUGAUUCACUUCCAUCUGAUGAGAAACACUGGCUUUAUGAAUAGACAUUACCUUGGGACACACUCAUCAAGAAUCAGACAAGCAACCGAGCUGAAUUUAACCUUUCGAGGUGGGAGUAGCGAUGCUGAUCAUGGGUUGGUGUUGAAUGGGUUGACAUCAUCCAUUUUCAGAGGAUGUAUUAUGUAAAUACAUGAGAACUGCUGUUUUUAUGCCACAAGGGGGAGCCUUCAUUUCAGAGAUACAGUAGGGAACACCAAUAACAUUAUACCUCUAUUUUCUACAGUAGCAUUUCAAAAGGUUUUUUGAUAUAAUAGAAAACUCAAGUUAGAUACUGUUACUAGAAAACUGAAAUCAGCUGUAAGUUUUAUUUUGUUUCAGGAUUUUAACUUAUUCAGAUAAUAAUUGUAAAAUAUGGUAUAAGAAUGCAAACAUGGAGAUCUUUUUCUGUUUUAACUAUGGAUUAUAGUCUGUAUUAUCAAUUCAGGUUAAGAAACUAGUGUUGCUUUCAUCCUAUUUUACAGGCAUUUCUUCCUUUUCUACUCUGCUAAAAUGCAAAAAAAAAAGGGUUUGAUUCUAUUCAUUUUGUCUUUUUUAUCGCACUUUGGCAGCAGAUUCCUGUGUAGCUUCAGAUCUGAGUUGUCUUAUUAGUAAGCCUAAUUUAUACUUUUGUAGCAACACUAUUUUUAUAUAAUGGCAAAGAAAGGGUUCGGUGUCUUUUCUUUUUGUUUUUCCUGUGUCAUAUGUGGCAGCGCUGUUUAAUGUUUCUUGAAUACAUUACCCACUGUAGUAUGUGACGUGUGAAUAAACUCCAAAUCUGUGUCAA